CUUGGUGCUGUCAUUGGCUUUAUUACUUCUCCACCCCGCCAGACUACUCGAUGGAGUACAAUGUGACUUGGGGCGAUGGCAACCUAGGCCUGACCCUGCGGGCAGAGCUCGGCGAUGACAUGCCUCCGGUCGUGGGACGGAUCACCCGCGAAGACUCUGCCGCAGCGCUUGCCGGUGUUGCAGUCGGUCACAUGCUCGUGAGCGUUAACGGCGUCGAGACAGCGCGACGAGGGUACAAUGCGAUCGUGCAUAUGCUCAAGACGAUCCCAAGGCCGUGUGUUCUCCGAUUUCGAGUGCCAAAGUCCCUCGCCAUCAACAACGCGCCCAUUAUUACCAACAACAACACUCGACACAGCGACACUGCUAGAAACAAUGGAAGCACCUCGCUGCGACAUCUGCAUCGCAAAGUGUCUGCCUACGGCGAUGGACGCGACCAACCUGUUCGUUCAGAUUUCACGAGGAAUGAACCGGCCGUGUACUCACGACAGCAUUCUACAUCGCCAUUCGACAACAUGCCUGCGAACUCGUCACCUAUUUCCCCUGCCUCACCCGACCCAACUCGGCUUUCGGAUCGUUCAUCGAGUCAUUCCGAAUAUCGAGGAUCAUCAAAUCUCCGUCGAUCGGCCGGAAGCUCAUUGUCUACUCCUUCCGAACAGGUACCACCACCGCAGCCAGACAACUCGAUGUCGGUUUCAUCGUCGACAUCAUCGUCUGGCCGUCCGAAGCGCGAGACGUACUCGGUCGAGUGGGUCGAGGGACCCCUUGGCAUGAUCUUCCGCCCAGAUGAUAUCGACUGCCACAUCCCGUGCAUUCGCAAGAUUACAGGGAAAGGGCUCGGGUCCCGCGGCAUCGAACGCGCCCGCGUCGGUGACAUUUUGCUCGAGAUCAACGGCGCCCCGACAAAAGAGAUUGGAUUUAGGCAGUCUAUUUCGACGCUCAAGAGUUUGGAAAAGCCUGCGAUCCUGAAAUUCAAGCGCAUGCGGCGGAGGGUAUCUCGCAGUCGUGACAAAGAAGGAAGCGAGGCCGUGCCAGCAAACGUGCACGCACUGCCACCACCCAUAGUCGAAGAGCCCGACGUACCACCUGCUCCUGCACCCACUAUCCCACACACUUUAUCGUCGCCGCCGUCGCCGCGACCUGUUGCAGAACCUCCCGUGGUGUCUAUUCCCGAUGCCAACGACCUGGUCCACCUCCCAUUGUCCACCAAACUUACCGCCGACGCUGGUAUGUACGACAUUGUGUGGCGAGAAGGCGAACUCGGGCUCAAGCUGAAGCCGACGCCGAGCGAUGUCCCGAUGAUUUCGCGCUUGACGGGGAAAGGCACCGCGAGCGGCCUCCACAACGCGCACAUCGGCGACGUCCUUGUCACGGUCAAUGGCAAGUUUGUGGACGAGUCGUCGUACACAAGCACGUUGCGGCUUCUCAAGCACACUCCGAAACCCAUCAUAUUGCGGUUUCGGCCGAUCGCGCGGGACCAUCACGUCAUCGCGGCAGACAGUUUGUCCUUAUCGAUGUCGUCGUUCCACAAACGCGACCAGAUUCCUCUGGACGUGGCCAAGCAGCUUGUGGCAACGUCGCAAGGUCUGGAUAUCAUGCGGGACGAAUUCGCCGGCGUCCCCAUUCGAGAGAUCGUGGAAGGGUCAAACGAAGCCAACUACCUCCGCGUCGCGGCCAAGGCGUAUGUCACGAUCCAAGCCGACAAGAAACGAGGGCAGAAGAAGGCCGAGUUGACGCGGGCGGAGCGCGAGGCGCAGGUGUUGGCGGAAGCGCUGGAGCAACUCAAAGAGCAAGCACGCAAGUACGAAGAGAUGCUGGCCAAGCAAAAGAUGGAGCGCAUCUUGCGCCCGGCGACUGAAAACAAGUCAAAGGCCAUGAUUGCCACUGCCAACUCUUUGUUUGCCGAACUCAAGUCUAGCGACAAGUUUUUCAGCCGCGACUCGAUUGACUUCACGCAUCUCGAAGUGAACCAAGACCACUUGGAUAAAAUGCGCGACGACGUGCUCAAGGACCUCAACUCGAUCACUUCGUCGUCGACAGAGCACUUGGUCAUCCCGGCGUCCGCGCAAAAACGAUGCUUUCAGUGCGCUGCCCUCGAAACUACGCUCCUGCCAUUUUACCUGGACGACUCGGACAACCAAUGGUACUGCGAGACUUGCUGGGUGCAGUACUACGGUGACCCGCUGACGGCGGUUGUCCAUGAAGAGGAGGAAGCUGUCCUUGAAGUAGUGGCAGUCGCUCCAGUCGAAGAGGUUGAGGUCGGUCCGACCGAGGCGGAAGCCCCCAGUCCUCCGGUCGACGAAAUAACGCCGCUCGUGUCGCUGCCCGCUCCGACUGUAGCGGCGGCUCCGCCGAAAGCAGGGUUGUCCCGAAGGCCCAGCACUCGGGAAGAUUUGUCGCUUCUGAAAGAGAUCGAAGAGAAGCAAGCUCGGCGCGAAGCUGAGCGCAUGAUUAAAGAAUUGGAGGAGAUUCGGCGGAGUAGUGCCUUGGGCGCAGGCAACAACGGCAGCUUCAGCAAUGGAAAUACGGCGUCUGCUGUCGUCUCGACCGAGCGCUUGUCUCAGCCGUCGUCAACUGACCGUAUGGAGCGGGACAAACGCGGCAAGGAAGAGUUGGCGCGCCAUUUGCAGGCGGCGGAAGAGAAAGCCAAAGCCGACGGCAACGACGCCUUGGCCCGCAAGCUGGAAGCCCAACGCAAGCGAUCGUUGCUGGACGUAACAACCAUGAGCCGGUCGACGUCCGAAGGCGGGGCGUCGAUCUCGCCCGUCCGAGACAGCAGCGGCCCCGCAUCGCCGACCAAGUCCGAGGACGACGUGCGUGGUUUUCAUGACGACGAAGAAGUUGACACAUACGACGAGGAAGAGGAAGAGUACGACCAGGACACGGAGCUUCUCCAAAACCGAGAAGACCAGAACUUUGCUAUGGCGAAGGAACUCCAACGCAUGCACGAAGUCGUUCACCAAGCGCAUCGGAUGAGCAUGAUGAUGAUGGGGGAAGAAGAGGACAGCGUGACUGAAUUCACCGGCUUGUCCAGCGACCAAGUCAACCUAUUUAGAAAGCUGGCCCUCGAAUCGGACCACCGCGUGUCGAUGGCGACCCACGAAUACUUUCGUGGGCACGAAGACGAUUCAGAUUCAGAUGAGGACUCGGACGCCGAAGAAGGCGAUGGCGUGUGGAUUUAGUGAUUGUAAUGCAGUGUUCAUGCCAAA